AUGGAGAAGUCGGAUUCUAAAGCUCUCCUUGUCCAGAACGACGAGUUGGAUAUCUUGACCACAGAACACAUUGAAAAUGAUGAUAUAGGAUUUUCAUCCGGAUACGAAUCAAAUCCAGAAUCUACACCCGAAGUAGACGAUUCAAGCGACCAAGAAUCUGACUGUAACCUUAAAGAUGCCGUGAACUACAACAGUACCAGCGCCCUCUGUGAUCGUCUCAAAUACAUCCUGUCCAUGCCAGAACUUUGUGACGUCACUUUCCUAGUUGGGCCAACCAAAGUCCCGAUUUAUGGCGUGAAAGCAAUUCUCGGAACACGAAGCAGGGUUAUGUAUCAGUUGAUUCUACAGAAACAGAAAGAGGAAGAAGAGAAAAGGUCUCACAAAUCCCGGAAAUCUCGCGGCAACUCUCGUCUAGUUAUUGAUGUUAAAAAAUACGAACCAGAGGAUUUCCGGAAAAUCAUCCAGUUCAUCCAUUGUGGAACAGUUGAUGUCACUUCCAAAAGUGUUACAGGCCUACUUUGUGGAGCAAACCAGUUUAAACUCGUUGAUCUUAAGGUGGCAUGCUGGGAUUUCAUCAAGCGGUGUUUAAAGUCUGAAAACGGUUCGAUGGCUGUGAUGCGGAAAAGUGCUCAUCAGUACAGCCAUCACAAGACAGCUGAGAAACUCUUGUCUAAGAUUUCCAAACACUUCACACAGACUUCACGAGAAACCACACCAACAUUACCGUCCAUCUGUACUGUGAAGCCCUCAUCACCACCCAAGUUGACGACAACAGUAUGA